UUCCCCCUCGGAGUGACGUCAUUGGCCGGGCUCCGCCCAUUUCGAACGCUCGUACAAGAUGGUGGCUGCCCCGCAGUGACAGGUAGCUGGAUGAGGCGCAACCAGAACUCUUCCGGCUCUCUCUCUAAUGGCUUCAGCUCCCCCUCUCCGGACCCUGGCUCUUCAGGAGGGGGAGAAAGCGGGGGCUUUCUGCCAUUCCCCAGCAGCCUGACAGCCAUGCUGGGCGCCUCUCGGAGGAAGAGGCCCGGCGGGAGGGCCAUGGCCGACGGCCGGGGCACCAUCAAGGUGGAUCUUCCGAAUCAGCAGCGAACAGUGGUGACUGUCCGACCAGGUACGACGGUGUACAGCUCUCUGGACAAGGCCCUGAAGGUGCGUGGGCUGAACCAGGACUGCUGCGUUGUCUACAGGAAAGUCGGUGGCGGGCGAAAGACCAUCACGGACUGGGAGACGGACCUCGUCAACCUGGAAGGGGCUGAGCUCUCCGUGGAGGUUCUGGAAGACGUGCCACUCACGAUGCACAAUUUUGUCCGCAAGACCUACUUCAACUUGGCCUUUUGUGACUUCUGCCAUAAGUUUCUGUUUUACGGCUUCCGAUGCCAGACCUGCGGCUACAAGUUCCACGAACACUGCAGCAGCAAAGUCCCGACAGUCUGCGUGGGCCUGGCCCUUAAACCUGUUUACAGCUAUGACCCCUGGCCAGAUCCUUCCCAGUGGCAAGACAGCGUCCCGACUACCCCAGCCCAGCCUAGUCACGAACCUAUGACCCCUCAGGACUCUAGCUUUCACAAACAGUUGCUCCGCAGCCCAGAAGCCUUCACCUUCCCCAGCGUUCACGGCGACGGGCAGCGUCUCCAACGUGUCCGCUCCACUUCGACCCCCAACGUCCACAUGGUCAGCACCACCAGUCCCGUGGACAGCAGCAGGAUCGAGUUCAUCUCUAGAAGCCACAAUGCAGACGGUGCGCCAGAGCCGCUUCCUCGCACCCCCCCGGCCCCCACAGUUCCCAGCGUGGCUGCGCUGUCACCUGGCCGACGCUCCCCACAUCCCAAGUCCCCCGCCGAGUCCCCAAGGGAACGCAAAACUCCCGUUGAAGACAAGAAGAAAUCUAAACCCUUGGGCUAUCGGGACUCCAGCUAUUACUGGGAGGUGCCCUCCAAUGAGGUCACCUUGCUGAAGCGCAUCGGGGCCGGCUCCUUCGGCACGGUCUACCGGGGCCGCUGGCACGGAGACGUCGCGGUCAAGAUCCUCAAGGUCACAAACCCCACCAGCGAGCAGGUGCAGGCCUUCAAGAACGAGAUGCAGGUGCUCAGGAAGACGCGCCACGUGAACAUCCUGCUCUUCAUGGGGUUCAUGACUCGGCCCAGCUUUGCGAUCAUCACCCAGUGGUGCGAAGGCAGCAGCCUCUACCAGCACCUGCACGUGCAAGAGACGCCCCUCGAGAUGGUGCAGCGCAUCGACGUGGCCCGGCAGACAGCGCAGGGCAUGGAUUACCUUCAUGCUAAGAACAUAAUCCACCGAGAUCUCAAAUCCAACAACAUCUUCCUGCACGAGGGACUGACGGUGAAGAUCGGCGACUUCGGCCUGGCCACGGUGAAGACUCGUUGGAGCGGCUCCCAGCAAGUGGAACAGCCCAGUGGCUCCAUCCUUUGGAUGGCCUCCGAAGUGAUUCGAAUGCAAGACCCCAACCCCUACAGCUUCCAGUCCGACGUCUACUCCUACGGAGUCGUUCUAUAUGAACUGAUCACCGGGACCCUUCCCUACAGUCAUAUCAACAACCGAGACCAGAUCAUUUUCAUGGUCGGCCGGGGAUACCUGUCUCCUGACCUCAGCAAGGUGCCCAGCAAUUGCCCCAAAGCCAUGCGCAGGCUGAUGUGUGAUUGCCUUAAGUUCAAGCGGGAAGAGAGACCCCUCUUUCCCAAGAUCUUAGCCACCAUUGAGUCGCUCCAGCACUCCCUGCCCAAGAUCGAGCGCAGCGCCUCCGAACCCACACUCCACCGGGUGGCCCACAACGAAGAACUGACCCCCUUCGCUCUGCCCACUGCCCUGUGGUUCCGCAGCUAAUGUGGCCUGAGGGCAGAAAUGCCCGUAAAGGCCGCAUCCCCCUCAAGGCCAGCUCCUUCCUGCUAACUUUCCGCCCUCCAGGAGGGCAGCCUAAGUCCAAGGGCGUCGCACUGCCUCUCCCACUCCUGUGUACAGAGAGACUGUUCGAUUUGGCAAGGAGCCUUUCUCACUCUGAAGCCUGCAGUCCCAGCAGGGGGCGCCAGAGCACAAAAGGCAACGCUCUCCUCUGCAGGGGUGUGGCUAUGGUGCCAUCUUCCCUUGUGUGUAUUUUUAUGGAGUGCUGAUCCUGUUUCUGGAUUUUGUGGGAGGUAUCCUUGUGGGAGAUUUUGGGGUGGGGGAUGCUCUGAUAGAAGUGAAAAGUGUAAAAUAAAAAAAAAAACCAUUCUAACUGGU